CCCUCGUGCACGAACACAAUCCACCGCAUACCCCACCAUGGACGCCGUUAAGGACGCUGUUGAGGGCGUGAAGAACCUCGCUGUCUCGGGCGAGCAGGCCGCCGCGCAGCAGGUCGAAAAGGCCAAGCCCCAACAGCAGAAGCCCAAGAAGGAAAAGAAGGCCAAGGCUGGCGACGAGGAUGCCCGUCCCAUGGAAAUGACUCCUCCUCCGGCCUAUCUUGACCACAGGAUCAAGAUCUUCGAGGAAUUGAAGGCCAAGUACGAUGCCGAUGUUGCCAGCAAGCCCCGUGAGCCCAUCAACAUCACCAUGCCUGACGGCAAGGUCCAGGUGGGCGAGUCCUGGGUCACUUCCCCGGCCGACAUUGCCCGCGGAAUUAGCAAGUCCUUGUUUGAGCGCACCGUCAUUGCCAAGGUGGACGGCGAGCUGUGGGAUCUGGAGAGGCCCUUUGAGAAGAACUGCACCCUGGAACUCUUGGACUUUGAGAACGAAGAGGGCAAGAAGGUCUUCUGGCACUCUAGCGCCCACAUCCUUGGUGAAGCUGCCGAGAGACGAUUUGGCUGUGAUCUUUGCAUUGGUCCCCCGGUCGAGGAUGGUUUCUACUACGAGAUGGCCCUACCCAACCAGGAACCCGUGCAACUUACGGACUACAAGCCGCUUGAAAAGAUUGCCGAGAAGGCCAUCAAGGAGAAGCAGAAGUUUGAGCGCUUGACUCUCACCAAGGAAGAGCUCCUUGAGAUGUUCAAGACGAACAAGUACAAGCAGCACAUCAUCAAGGACAAGAUCCCUGAUGGAACGAGCACCACUGUCUACCGCUGUGGCCCGCUCAUCGAUCUUUGCCGUGGUCCUCACGUUCCUCACACCGGAAGAGUCAAGUUUUUCAAGGUCAUGAAGAACUCUGCUUCGUACUUCCUGGGUGAUGCCAAGAACGACUCUCUGCAGCGUAUUUAUGGUGUCUCUUUCCCCGAGAAGAAGAUGAUGGAGGAGCACCUGAAGUAUCUUGAGGAGGCUGCUAAGCGUGAUCACCGUAAGAUCGGCAAGGAGCAGGAGCUGUUCUUCUUCCACGAGUGGUCUCCCGGUUCCGCUUUCUUCCUGCCCCAUGGUAUGAUCAUCUACAACACCCUGCAGUCUUUCCUCCGUGAGGAGUACUGGAAGCGUGGGUACCAGGAGGUCCAGUCGCCAAACAUGUAUAACUCCGAUCUCUGGAAGCGCUCCGGUCACUGGCAGCACUACAAGGACGACAUGUUCACGUUUGAGGUCGAGAAGGACCAGUGGGCGCUCAAGCCCAUGAACUGCCCCGGUCACUGUCUGCUUUUCGGUCACAGAGAGCGCAGCUACAGGGAGUUGCCUAUGCGCAUUGCUGACUUUGGUGUUCUGCACCGUAACGAGGCUUCUGGUGCGCUCACCGGUCUUACUCGUGUCCGUCGUUUCCAGCAGGAUGACACGCACAUCUUCUGUACCGAGGAUCAGAUUGGUGAUGAAAUUACCGGCCUCUUCGACUUCCUCCAGACCGUGUAUGGCAAGUUCGGCUUCACCUUCAAGAUGAAGCUCUCUACUCGUCCCGAGGGCUUCUUGGGCGAAGUUGAGACUUGGGACAUGGCUGAGGAGAAGCUCAAGGCUUCCCUCGACAAGUUCACUGCUGAGGGUGGUGAGAAGUGGGAGCUCAACCCUGGUGAUGGCGCCUUCUACGGCCCCAAGAUCGACAUUACCAUCUCUGAUGCACUGAAGCGUGAGCACCAGUGUGCUACCAUUCAGCUCGACUUCCAACUGCCUCAGCAGUUCAACCUGGAAUACAUGAGCGCGGAGAAGGCCGCGAAGGGUGAGAAGCCUGCUGCUCCUGCUGCUCCUGCUGCUCCUGCCGCUCCAGCCAAGACCGAGGGCACUCCCGAUGCCAAGGUGGAGCACACUAAGCCGGUGAUGGAGGCUGCCAGGAAGCCUUUGACUCCCGGUUGUGCCCGCCCCGUCAUGAUUCACCGUGCAAUUUACGGCUCCUUUGAGCGCUUUAUUGCCAUUCUCACGGAGCACUUUGCCGGCAAGUGGCCUUUCUGGCUGUCUCCUCGCCAGAUCCUUAUCGUACCCGUCAUGCCUGCCGUCAACGACUAUGUGCAUGAGCUGCAAAGCAUCUUCCGUGCCAAGGGUAUGAACGUCGACGUUGACGUCUCGGGCAACACGAUGCAGAAGAAGAUCCGUACCGGUCAGCUCCAGCAGUACAACUUCAUCUUUGUCGUUGGUGCCGAGGAGAAGACCGAGCGUAAGGUCAACAUCCGCAACCGUGAUGAUCAGGCUACGCAACACAGAGGUGAGCUUGUGGCGCUCGAUGUGGCGAUCGAGAAGUUGGUGGCACUGCAGCAGAGCAGGGCGUUGACGUCGGCUCUCUAAAUGCGGUGAAACUGAACAAUUCGUGUUUGACAUGAGAUUUGAUAUUUACAGGGAUGUUGCAACGAAUAGAUGAGGAGACGGUUUUGAGAAAAGUCACACAAGUCCCAGG